AUGAUGGAACACGGAAGAACGCGCAAAGGGCCGCUGCCUGGAGGUCGCCAGGGCGCGUCUGGAGCUGGCGCUGGACGCGGCAGCAUGCGAACCGCCAGCCGAGCGCGAGGUGCUGCACGACCACCCAGCAGCCCCUCGCAUCCAUCAUCCCCACCAGCUGGCUUGGUGUCGGCAGGGUCUUCGCGGGCCCAGCAAUCGGCACCCGCCUCUGGUGGAGUACGCCGCAUGCGUUGGACAACCCAGAUGAACAGCAACGCAUUGCGGGCGUAUUUUGGGGCGAAAGGGGGAGAAACUGGAUGUUUGGCGUAUCGGGCUAGGAUGCAUCGUCUUUUUGCUGAGCUGGAGCCAUCUUUAACCGUCACAGAGCAAAACCUGGCAGACCGAGUUCGGUAUAUCUUGCGCUCAAAUAUAUUUGAUGUCGCCGAACUCGAACGGCUACGACGUGAGGCUGUUCCCUCGUCGGAUGAGAAUGCUACGGCUGAGGAUGCGGCGCCACAAAUGGUAGAGCAACCCGCAAACGUGGAUGCCGCCGUGAAUACCCCAGUUGUGGUUGAUUCAAACGAUGAUGGAACAGUCGCCCAGGAACUGGAAUUAGAGCAUAUGAGGAGUACAUUGGAAGAGGCGAUUGUGGAAACGCGCAGUACGCCUCUCGAAAAUCGACCGCGACUUCCCCCGCAUAGCCCUAAGCAAGCGGAAUCGGGCUGUCGUGAGGGCUCUGAACCCAAUGCUGGUGACCUAUUUGGAAGCCAGCCGGGACCUUUGCGAGACGGACUCAAUUCUUUUUGGCGCCGCGCUGGCAGUCUGCCGUAUCAUAGGCGCCAAGGUUUCCACGGCUGGACGCGCUACUGGCCAUAG